AUGAGCUCGACAAUGCAGCGAGACCGGUUGCUCGAGGGUAUUGGCUGGAAGGCGAGGGGCGACCGAGUUCCCGACUUCCCGAAUCCUCGGCCAUUCUUCCCGCGGCUCAAGCACUCGAUCAAGUUGAUUCCGCUUUUAGUCAGGUAUGUGGAAGAAAAGUGUAGCAGAAAAGUAUAAAAGUUCAGAGUUGCAUUGCACACAUUCGUUGAGUGGUGGCAUGGAAGAGAGGCGUUCAUCGACAUCUUCAAUGUGUUCCGGCACUUUACUUAUACAGGUGCGCAAGACUUUUUUGAAUAGAAAUUGUAGUUUUAUUUAUUUAUUUGAAAGACACUUUGAAGAAGCCGUAGCGCAAGUUUGUUCAUUCACCACUAAGUCUCUCGGCAGUUGACAACUUUUUGAUUUCUCUGCUCAUAAAUGAGAUGUAGAAUUCACGGUACUGAGAUACGGUGGGUUUACAAAACUUCUAUUAUUUACCAAAACACAUUGCUAUGUUCCGGGAAAGCAUGUUUUUCCAAUUGCAAAAGUAAUACGUACUUUUUUGCACAAAAGGGCCUUCCUUUUUCGACAUAAACAAAAGAGCAUACAAUGAUUUCAGGAGUUCCACUGGGCGGCAUCGGAUGCGGAUCCAUCGGAACCGACUAUCGCGGCGGAUUCAACCGCUUCUCAAUCAUUCCGGGCAUCAAAGAACAGACGGAAACGCUGAAAGCGAAUCAGUUCAUCGCUUCGGUGCACUCGAAAAAAACAUACGAGAUCAUCUACCAGUCGAUUCUCACAUGCGCCGAGUUCCCGGCGACCGUACUGCCCAAAUGGGACAAGACGGUCCCGCCGGAAGACGUCAGGUACAGAGGGCUCUUUCCGAGGGCCUGGCAAGAGUUCCGGCUCGGAUCGUCUGGAGUGACGGUGGUCGUGGAGCACGUGUCUCCGGUCAUUCCGAACGAUUAUUCGGACUCCUCGCUGCCCCUCGCCAACUUUGAUUUCACGGUUUUCAACGAUUCGAGUGAAGAGGUGGAAGUAUCUAUCACUAUGACUUUCCGGAAUGGGACCGGGAAGAAGAAGUGGGACGAUGAGAGUCUCUGCCAGUAUGUUCAGAGUGUGAAACAUAAAAGAACAGCUAGAUUUCAGAAGUGAGAAGGUACAAAAGGACACGAUGGUCGUUCGAACUCUCUCGCACACCGUGAAAGGAAUGCCAAUCACGUACGGAAUCGGAACGGACGAGAAGAAUGGCGCUAAGGUGACCACGUGUCUUUUCGAUCCGAACGGAACCGGCGGACGGCUGUGGAGCGAUCUGGAAGUGUACGGACACCUCUCUUGUGAGUCACGCCCCUCUGACAAAUGAACAUUGUAAGUUUAUUCAGCCUACGACCAGUUGCCUCCCAAACCAAAGGAGCUCGGCAUCGGCGUCUGUUCUUCGUUCUACGUGCCUCCAGAGGGCAGCCAUCGCACGCAGUUCUCAUUUGCUUGGUACAUGCCGGAAGUCCAUUUUGGAACUGCCGAACGUCUUUAUACCAGGUUAGAGCAAGAAUUGAUCGAUCAACUCCCUUUUCUAUUCCAGAAGAUAUUGUCGCUUCUUCAACGGUCCCGACGCUCAUCAAGUGACCGCCGCCAUUUGCCGUCACGGCCUUCAGAAUCUUCCCACGUGGCAAGAUGCUAUUCACAAGUGGCAGGCCCCGAUUCUCGACAACCAGAAGCUGCCCGAAUGGUACCGGAAUGCGCUUUUCAACGAACUCUACUAUAUCGUGGACGGAAGUACCAUUUGGUUCGAAUUCGAUCCCGAGUGGAAGCAAGACGAGAAGCUGAUGAGCGAGCACACGGAGAAGCAUUUCAAAGAGUACGGGCGGUUCGGCUACAUGGAGUCGUGGGAGUACUACAUGAUCAACACCUACGACGUGCACUUCUACUCGAGCUGGGCGAUUCUGAAGAACUGGCCGCAGAUUGAGUUGUCCAUUCAAUUGGACUAUGGUAGGAGAACGCCUACAAGAAAUUCAGUAAAUUGUACCGUUUCAGCCGAUCAAGUGGACCGAGUGGACAGGGGAACAGCCACAUCACUGGCCAACGGAGACCAGAUGAUGAUCAAAGGAUACGACCGAAUCCCGCACGACAUGGGCCACCCAAGUGAGUACCCUCCGUGUGUCCUAACCCGCUGUCUAACCCCAACUUUGCAUUCAAGAGCAUCGACUUUCAGUGGCCGAUCCGUGGCUUCACACGAACGCCUAUAUUCUACACGAUACCGCCCAAUGGAAGGAUCUGAAUCUGAAGUUUGUGAUUAGUUGCUAUCGAGAUUGGAAGAUGAUCGCGUCGAAAGGAGAGGACAGCGAACAGAUAUUGGAGUUCUUCUUGUCGAAAUGUACAAAGAUAGUCGAGGACGCACUUGAGACAUGGGACAAGGGUGAGAGAGAAAAAAGAGAAUGAAUAGAAUAGUGUACUUGCAGAUAAGGACGGAAUGAUUGAGAAUGACGGAUUCGCUGAUCAGACGUACGACGUCUGGAAGAUGACCGGAACGAGUGCCUACUGUGGAUCCCUCUGGCUCGCCGCCCUCACCGCCUACAUUCAAAUGAGCAAACAAGCUGGCUCGCCGACAGAAUUCUACGAGGACAAGCUCGAAAUGGCCUACGAAGCGUACGUAAAGAAACUGUGGAACGGAAAGUUUUUCAAGUUUGACGAGCUGCCCGAGAACUCGAAAAUAAUCAUGGCGGACCAGCUCUCCGGGUUCUGGGCACUGGCGUCUUUGGAUGAGCCCGUUCAAUUGUCAGUCGAUAAAAUCAAAUCGUCGUUGGACACGAUUUACAAGUACAAUGUACAAAUGUACGAUAACGGAAAGUGCGGAGCUGUCAACGGAUUUUUGUGAGUUUGACUAUAUCGAAAUCGAAAUCGAGGUGUGUUUAGAACUAGCGAAAGUGUGGACGGAUCAAGCAUUCAAAGCGAAGAGGUUUGGGCCGGAAUCACCUACGCACUGUCUGCGAUGAUGAUCGAAAAGGUGAGAACUAGCAUGGUGUUCUCAUCAUUAGAGCGUACUUUGUUCAGGGUAUGUACGAGCAGGCAUUCAAAACUUCCGAAGGGCUUUUCGAAUCCAUCUGGAAUCGCUUCCCACUCCAGUACCAGACCCCGGAAGCGAUCACUUCGGACGGAAUGUACAGAGCGCUCGGCUACAUGCGUCCGCUCUCGAUCUGGGCAAUGCAACACGCGCUCGACAGGCGGCAAAACUUCAAUUGA